AUGAUAUGCUGUGAUCAUUGUGAUGAAUGGUAUCAUGGGGAUUGCGUUGGCAUCGACCCAGACCAAGGUGCUUUUAUGGAGGCCCAGGGUAUAGAAUUUGUUUGUCCAAUCUGUUUAAAAAUCUCUCCAAGCCGUUUGAAAGACAAAAUCACUUCAGAUGGAGCUUCAUGUUCUAAGAGCGAACUUAAAAGCUUAAAAAAGAGGAGAGCUAGAGGGCGUAAAAGCACAUCUGAUUUGGAUUCUUCUGCCCAAUUAAUUGAUCUCCCAUGGAAAUUCAAAGAUCUCCAGUCACACCGAUCAUGUCUUGUCAAAUCGGAUAGUUUGAUUAUUGUAGAGAGUGGCGCUGAGGAAGAUGAUGAGGCCGAUGAAGAUGAAGAAAGUCCCAGAAGUGAAUCCAGAUUAAGUAAACAAGGUCUUGACUGUGAGCGGCGAAGAAAAAAAAUGGCUAAAAGAAAGUCAAAGUCAAGAAACGGCCAUCAUAAUGUCGACAAUCGUUGGAUUGGCAUACAACUAUCAACUGGACAGAAUAAUUCAGCUGAAGAGGAGGAUGAAGUUCCAAUUUCAUCUCUUGGACUCCUACCCGAUACUGCCCUCACACAUAACACAGAAGAUAAUUCAUUCCCUAGUGAAGGCGUGGUACAUUUACGUCUUUUUAUCUUAAGAACAUUGCUUAUUUUGUUAAAUUCUGGCUAA